GCUUGAGAGAGAGAGAAAGAAAGAAAGCUACAGAUAGAGGAGUGAGUGGUGUGUGGACACUGUCCUACACAGAUUACUGGAGAGGAACUGCAUCCAAACACAGAGCCAAGCUGUACAAGGAGAUAGACCAACACAGCCACAGGCGAGUGGAGUGAGCACUGAUGGACAGAAGGGAGCUGAGCAGCCCGCCUCGGUACUGCUGACGAUGAGCGAUCCCUUUGCCUGAAGAUGGAAACAUUGGAGUCGGAGCUGACCUGCCCAAUCUGCCUGGAGUUGUUUGAGGAUCCUCUACUCUUGCCUUGCGCCCACAGCCUGUGCUUUAAUUGUGCCCAUCGUAUCCUCGUGUCGCACUGCGCCUCCAGUGAGACCAUCGACUCCAUCGCAGCCUUCCAGUGCCCCACCUGCCGCUAUGUCAUCUCCCUGAACCACCGCGGGCUGGAGGGGCUUAAACGCAAUGUAACUCUGCAGAACAUCAUCGACCGCUUCCAGAAAGCCUCGUUGAGCGGAUCCAACUCCCCGAGCGAGUGCCGGCGGGAGCGAGCACCCCGGACCCCCGUCACCAUGUCGUGCGAGCGUGUGCAGUGUCAGUUCUGCGAGCAGGAGCCGGCCAGGGAGGCGGUGAAGACCUGCGUGACCUGCGAGGUGUCGUACUGCGAUCGCUGCCUCAGGGCCACGCACCCCAACAAGAAGCCCUUCACCGGCCACCGGCUGGUGGAGCCCAUCCCCGACUCCCACCUCCGUGGCCUCAUGUGCCUGGAGCACGAGAACGAAAAGGUGAAUAUGUACUGUGUGACGGACGAUCAGCUGAUCUGUGCCUUAUGCAAACUUGUGGGCCGGCACCGGGAACACCAGGUCUCCUCUCUGAGUGAGAGAUAUGACAAGCUGAAGCAAGCUCUGGAGGCUAAUCUGACUAACCUUGUGAAGAGGAACAGUGAGUUGGAGUCACAGAUGGGACGCCUCAUUCAGAUCUGCCAGCAGGUGGAGGUGAACACAGCCCUGCAGGAGGCCAAGCUGAAGAAGGAGUGCGAUGAGCUGAUGGACAUCAUUCGGCAACGGAAGCAGGUCAUUGCUGUGAAAAUCAAAGAGGGAAAGAACGUGACUGAACGAGUCGCCAUGGCAACCGCAUCCUCUCAAGUCCUGAUCCCAGACAUCAACCUGAACGAAGCCUUCGAAAACUUUGCCUUAGAUUUCUCCCGAGAGAAGAGACUGCUGGAGGGCCUGGACUACCUGACAGCCCCGAACCCUCCAAGUAUCCGGGAGGAGCUAUGCACAGCUUCCCAUGACACGGUCACGGUGCACUGGACCUCAGAGGAUGAGUUCAGUGUGGGCUCGUACGAGUUACAGUACACCAUCUUCACCGGGCAAGCCAACUUCAUCAGUCUGUACAACUCGGUUGAUAGUUGGAUGAUCGUACCUAACAUCAAGCAGAACCACUACACAGUACACGGCCUUCAGACAGGGACCAGAUACAUCUUUAUCGUCAAGGCCAUCAACCAGGCCGGGAGCCGCAACAGUGAGCCGGCCAGACUGAAGACUAACAGUCAGCCGUUUAAGAUAGACCCCAGGACGGCCCACAAGAAGCUGAAGUUGUCUAACGAUGGGCUGGCGAUGGAGCGCGAGGAGAACUCUCUGAAGAAGAGCCACACGCCUGAGCGGUUCAGCAGCCAGGGCAGCUACGGGGCGAUGGGCAAUGUCUACAUCGACAGCGGCUGUCACUACUGGGAGGUCCUGCUGGGCAGCUGUACUUGGUACGCAGUGGGCGUGGCCUACAAGUCGGCCCCGAAGAACGAGUGGAAUGGGAAGAACUCCUCGUCCUGGGUUUUUUCUCGCUGUAACAACAGCUUCAGCGUGCGGCACAACAGCAAGGAGCUGGGGGUGGAGGCCAGCCUGCAGCUGCGGAGGUUGGGGGUGCUGCUGGACUACGACACCAAUUCCCUGGGUUUCUACGACGCCAUGAAUGCCCAGCACCUGCACACCUUCAACAUCUCCUUCGUGCUGCCCGUCUCGCCCACCUUCACCAUCUGGAACCGCUCCCUCAUCAUCCUCUCGGGGCUGCCAGUCCCCGACCCCCUGGACUGCACCGAACAGCAGGACUGCAUCUGCCGGCCCCAGGGGGAGUCGCCCUACGUCUCGGGGCUAAAACUCAACCAGUAGCACCCGGACUGAAGCCGACCUGGAUCUUUAGCAAAUCUCUGCUUCCCCCCCACCCUCCCC